AUGUCCGACUCGCCCGAGUCCGAUGUCUCUAACCCCGUUCACCCUCGACCCGCCAUGUCCUUCCCCUCUUGCAAGUCCGAAUGCAUCGCCGAUGGUCUCACCAAUGUGCGCGAUGAUGGUGAAAUGCAAUAUAAUCAGCCUGGAAGCUGGAAUGACCACCUCCAAUCUGCCGCCAUCGAACAUCUGGUCACCCUCAAGCAGGGCCUGAGGACCUCCGACACCGAGCUGUUCUGGAAACGGCUCAUGGAGGAUAUAACCUCCAUCAGCAAGGCUCAAUAUGGCUUUGUUGCCCGUCGUGUUCAUGGUGGUGAGCCGAUGGCCGAGCUGGGUGGCCGACGACCCUCCCUCUUCGGUGCGGCUUUCUACUACAACGAUGGCUACCAAAACGUCGGACUCCAGCGAGACCGCUAUUUCGCCGGCGGGAAUCCUCUGCUGCAUAUGGAUCACGAAAGGCCGUGCCUGAUCCCUGAAAACCUCAAAUCCCUAUCUUCCUUUGGCGAUGACCAGUUGCCCUUUGGCGCGGAGGCGUAUCUGGCCAUCCCGCUUUUUUCCGCUGGCAAGUGCCGGGCGCACCUGGGCUUGAUGUGGUCCAAAGAAGGACUCAAAAACCGGAAUCUGUCAUGGUCUUUUCUUGAAGUGCUCUUACAUUCCCUGGAGGACCUGAUCGUUCAGCAUCUCUCCUUGGAAGAGACCGCCCCCGACCAUGAGAAAUCUGAGACUCCCGAGCUCCACUCUGCGACCGUCCAAGUUUCGCAGAAUGGCCACCAACCCAACACCCCCGAUUUCACCUCACAACCCCUUAAACCAUACGCCCGCAGCUUAUCACACGAGCUGCGAACCCCGAUGCAAGGCGUCGUCGGUAUGUUAGAUGUCAUGCAUGCCACAGUGCGAGAGGCCAUGGAGAGCAAGACUCCCGUGAAGUCGGGUGGCAUCUUCCAAGCCCUCAAGGAAGGUAUUGAGAUGGUCCAAGAUAGUGCCCGGCGUGCUGUCGAAGCGGCCGAUAAUGUAGUUCAUGCUUAUGAUCUUAACAUGCAAGUCCCCAAGACACCGCAGCGAGAGCAUGAGAACGAGAUUUUGAUGGACCCCAUCCCACCUGUGGACUUGACGGAAAGCCGACCGAGCGUCUUCAUCGAAGGAAAUAACAUCGCUGUGAAUCCGUACAAGCGACGCCGGAGUCUUCCUCUCGACAUGUCCGCCCGGCCAGCCCGGAAACAGAGAACGCGAGCAGCAUCUUCGCGGCAAGAGCUCUCACCCCGCAGUGAAGAAGUUAAAAACGCCGUCCACGAGAGCGACCAGAUCGUCCAUGCUACCCCCGCCACUCAGAUAGAAGCAGUUAUGGCCAACAUGGUUGAUCCACCACCGUCCAUUGCUGUCCGACGUUCAGCGCCCCAUCUGCUCCUUGAAGGCAUUAAUGUUAAUAGGAGUUCAGCCCUGCGUUUCACCAAAUUGCGAGAUCUUCUACGCCUGGUCAUCAACGAAUCACUUCACGUUGGUGGUCGGCCUGAUUCAGCAGUCAGUCACGCGACCGAGUUUGGCGAGAAAAUCGAGAUUCGAUCUCGAUCCUCGAACGGCUUGAUCUUUACUAAAACUGUGGAUUGGUCUGUUGACCCCGCGUUACCCGACACCCUUCUUGCCGAUGACCGGGAUUUGGCCAAACUUAUUUCUUGCGUUUUUCUGAAUGCCAUCAAAUUCACAAACAACGGCACAAUUGCUGUGUGUGCGACUGUCGAUCAGAAGAAGAAUGACGUUCUGAUUAGCGUGAGUGAUACUGGGCCUGGAAUUCCGGCCGCCUUUCUGCCCAAUCUCUUCAAGCCCUUUGCUCGAGAGGAUGCCUCGACCACCCGCAGCAAAGAUGGAUUGGGGCUUGGUCUUCUGGUGGCCAAGGGUCUUUCAAGAAAGAUGGGAGGUGAUCUGAUCUGUGUACGGUCAUCGACAACCGGGCCCAAUCAUGGUUCGGUGUUCCAGAUCCGAGUCCCCGUGAACCAACGCGAGGCCUGCAACCGUCCUGGAACACCGAAUGAGAGGAUGAUGACCCCGCCCACAGUUACUGAUCACUCUCGACAUGGAAGCGCCAGCAGCUUCGUCUGGGAAGCUCAGUCCUCAUCCUCGAUGUCUCCCUCCGUCAUUCAAAAUCACCAGCUGCAACAGCCGACACCAAGUACUGGCGAUGGUCAUUCAUCUCAGAGCCCUACUCCCCCACGGCCGACAGAGUUUCAAACCGCUCGCAGACAAAUUUCUGGUGACACGUACGACAACAAGCUAGGGGAGAAGCAUCCCCUGCGUUUUCUCGUGGCAGAGGACAAUCGUAUCAAUCGACGUGUGUUGGUGAAUAUGCUCCGCAAACUCGGUUAUCGCGAUGUACUUGAGGCCGCAGAUGGCAGGGAGGCUGUUCAAAUCGUCCAAGAUAUUCUCUCUACCUCAGGCUCAGCCCCAACUUCAGCAGAAACUAGCCCCGUCGAGACCAAUAUGCCUGCCCCGCCAGUUGUAGCGGAGAUCAAGCCGAUCGAUGUAGUGUUGAUGGAUCUUUGGAUGCCCGAAAUGGAUGGUUAUGAGGCAACAUCUCGAAUUUUACAGAUGGUAACCGAUCACCACGCCAAAUCUGCUCUCUCUGUUGAUGGAUUACAACCUGUGACCACCACCGAGAGCCCUGACACCAUGGAAAUGGAUCCUCCCAUAAGUGUGAUACAUACUCCACGACCUCCUACCGUUCUUGCUGUGAGCGCCGACGUCACCGAUGAGGCGCUGAACCGCGCUUCAAGAGUGGGAAUCAAAGGCUACAUGACAAAACCAUACAAACUUACCGAUCUUGAAAGGCUCAUCAAGGGAUUCUGCGGUGGUCCAAGUGAUCCUACUGCUGGAGCUAGGAAUCCGUUUUGA